AUGGACAAUUCGACACAGGGGACAACAGAUUACAAAAUUGCUACGCUUGUACUUUACGCUACGAUUCCGCCCAUACCAUGGAACACUUCAGACUAUGUUAAUGACUAUGCUGCUCCUAUGCCGCCUCAAGAUCCGAUCAGCUCCCAAUUCGUCAAAGUUCUGAGAGGGAUUUUCUUCGUAUUGUGUUUGAUAGAGAACAGCCUUGCCCUCUAUAUUCUGUGCAAGAACGUUCGAAUUGGUCGCAACAAAACAUUUUUUCUCUAUAUGUUGAUCAGCAUAGCUUGCGCUGAUAUUUUAAAAGCUGCAUUUAUUUACCUAAUGACCUAUGCCGCAUUUUCUCCCCAAGCUGAAGACGUUUGGUCUGUUGGCAAUGCUCUGUGUAAGAUGUACCUUACCUUCUCUGAAAUUACUUCCAGGGUUAUUGCGCUUAUCUUAGUCGCUCUAGCCUGGGACGCCACACGAAAUUCCUCCUCCACAGGUCGAAAGGAACAUACUAAAAAAUUCAGUGCAAUUAUGAUGUUUUUCCUGUGGGUGAUGGCAACAAGUUUCUCUUCCAUCUACUUUGUGUUCAGCGGGGUUUUUCACAAUGCAUGUGGAGUAAGUCCGGAGGGAAUAAUAAUAAUAAUGAUCAUCCAACUUGAUUUCGCUUUUGACGUCACUGUUGACUUAAUUCUAACGAUUCUAUGCGUCGUCGUGUUCUUCCGAGUUAGACGAAGGAAGAAGGAAAUGAAUGCACAAGCACGAUCCACAAAAUUUGCUUACAAAUCAAAUAAAAAACCACAGAGGAGGGAUGAUGACGGCAUCGAACUGGAUCAUUCGGGAGAGUGGUGCGACGAGAAGCCUGAUGAAGGAGAAGUGACACUGAUCUGCGAAGGCCAAAAACAGAGUCCUUCAAAACACCCCCCGGAAACCGGCAGAAUUGUUGAUGUUGGAGAUGGACAGAGUAACACCAGUCAAUCUGCCUGCGAACAGGAAUUCAAAGAAACGCGAACCGAGGCAAAAAUCGUGGUUGCAGUGUCACUUCCUUUCAUCGCUCUUUCCCUUCUGCCUUAUUUGAUGAAUUACUUGUCAUAUUCCCAAAACGUGUACAUUUCGUUUUGCGCACAGAUGGCUGAUGCGAUGUACGGGAUCAUUAAGCCGGCUAUUUACGCCUGCAUCGACAGGGAAUUCAGGAAAAGGUACACACAACUGUCUCCAUUGGCUUGCUGUUGUUUAAGGAAGAUCUGUCGCGGUUCAUCACAGCAAGGUGUGGCAGCUGAAAACAGCCGCGCUACGCAAGAAGGGAGUGUGUAA